AUGGAACCGGUACCGGAAGCACCACCAGAGGCAGUACCAGAUCCACCAAGACCAGCGGAGCCAGAUGCUCCAGCUCCAAGAGAGCCGGUGCCGGAAGCACCGCCAGAUGUACUGCCAGUAGCACCAACGCCAGUCGAGCCAGAGCCACCGAGGCCAGCAGCACCUGAGGCGCCAGCGCCGAGGGAACCGGUACCGGAAGCACCACCAGAAGCAGUGCCAGAUCCACCAAGACCAGCGGAGCCAGAUGCUCCAGCUCCAAGACCGCCAGUUGCUGAAGCACCACCGGAGCUGCUACCAGUAGCGCCAACGCCAGCAGAGCCAGAGCCAGAGCCACCGAGUCCAGCUGAACCAGAGCCGCCGAGUCCAGCAGCACCUGAGGCACCAGCACCGAGGGAGCCGGUACCGGAAGCACCACCGGAUUCACUGCCAGAGCCACCAAGGCCAGCAGAGCCAGAGGCACCAGCACCGAGGGAACCGGUACCGGAAGCACCACCAGAAGUAGUACCAGAUCCACCAAGACCAGCAGAGCCAGAAGCUCCAGCUCCAAGAGAGCCAGUGCCGGAAGCACCGCCAGAUCCACUGCCAGAUCCACCAAUACCAGCGGAAUCGGAGCCACCCAGGCCAGCGGAGCCAGAAGCACCAGCACCAAGGCCGCCAGUUGCAGAAGCACCACCGGAGCCACUGCCAGUAGCGCCAAGGCCAGCGGAACCAGAGCCAGAGCUAGAGCCAGAGCCACCAAGUCCAAGGCCAAGGCCAAGACCGCUGGAGCCACUGCCCGAACCGCCUAGGCUAGCAGAGCCAGAUCCUGACGCAUCGCCAGAGGCAUCAGCGUCAGCCGAAGAAUCAGAGGAACCACUGGCAGAAGCGGAACCACCACCCAAGAAGCCAGGAAGGAAAGAUGAAAUUCCACCCGAGCUACUGCCGCCGCUGGAGCUGCCCAAGGGCCAGAGACAAGGCUCGCGGGUCUCAAGGGUCUUGUUGAAGGGAGCUGCGAGAGCAGUGCCAGCAAGGAAAAGAAUCGCGGUAUUCUUCAUGUUGCCGGAACAAUGA